GAGAUGACAACACAAAAACUCUCACACACUCUCAUACACUCACAGAGCCCUUUCCUCAGGACAAGACUUUUACCAGUGUUCCUCUUUAUCACACUUAUUUUCAUCUCCGACAUUAUGGGAAACUGCAAACUGUUGGUAUACCAGCCAGAUGAAGUCAUGUGGCAAGUUUCGGAUCAGUCAGGCUCUCUCCCCUGUACCAUCACCACUAAUAGCACAAAACCCAUUGAAAUCCGUUGGUUUGUUUUCAGUGAACACUCUUACCACUUAGUUGAUUUGGACACCUACUCAUACAAAUACAGAUUGGAGAAACAAGCCCUAAACAUCAACUCACUCCAGGCAAACGACAGCGGGAUAUACCACUGUGCAGCCUUUCUCUCAGACAUGGCAUGCAGUGGGGCACAGACCAUUGGACAGGGCACCACUGUGCUGGUGAAAGAGAGAGGGAUGGAGAUAACCGGGUAUGUGCUGUGGUUGCUGUUUGUCCUGUUAGCACUGUACAGUGUAGCAGUACUCAUUUUACUGAUUUGUAAGAAGACUGGGCGAGAUGCUACUUUUUGGGAAGGCACAAGGUGGCGUAGGGACAAGAAAAAUACGACCCAGAAAAUACGGUUUGGCGCUGUUGUGCAAGAGCUGUAUGUCAAAAGGAAAUUACGAAGUAAUAAAAACUCAGAAGUAAUUGACCCAACUCAAAACAAGGUUGAAAGCCCCCACUCCAACCUUCCACAUGAGGACAUUUACCAAAACCUGUGACUCAACAAAAAGGGAACUGAUAAUGUCCGCUACUUCUCUAAAUAAACUCCCAGUACACCAAUUUGUCAAACGUUGCUAGUUUAGGUCUAAAUUCUCCCUAGUAAGAAUAAGCCAAGCACUCGAGGAAGAGAAGCUAUAACAAACGCCACUGGCAUUACAAAGCAUUCUGGUCUCAUCAUGGAAGAAUCAUGUGCCAAACCUAUAACACUGGCUAUCUUAACCAAAUUCAAAUCUGUGUCCUCCCAAGGAAAUUAAUGAGGGAGCAAAAAUUAAUAAGGGAGCAAUUAUAAGAAAAUGUAAGACAUAGAAGACCACUGAUAAUCUCCCUCGAUCCGGGGCUCCACGCAAGAUC